GGUCUAUUUUUGUUUUUUCAAGGUUUUUUUUUUUUCCAAUUUUUUGUCACCAAGUUUAUUUUGAUAGACUGGUAUUUUGGAAGGUGAAUCCAGAAAGAUUGUUAUUACUCCACUUGACUGUGUGACGGGAACAACCUUAGUAGAAUGGUGUUGGAUGAUUAUGGUAAGAAAUCGGAUUUACCGAUAUAUAAUAAGUCUAACAAGUUUCAGCCGAGACGAUUCUCGGAUAAUAAGAACUUAUACAAGAGAAUAGGUAUAGCGUUGAUAUCAUUGAUAGCUGUAUGGUUAAUAUUUUUCAGAUCUACUUCAUCCAAACCAUCAAUUCCGGUAAUAGAUACUUCCAAUGUUGGUCAGCCAUCAGUAGAUCAACAACAAGCAAUUGCCGAUGAAGGGAAGGUUUAUAAAGUUACUAAAGAAGGAGUCACCGAACACUCUCUCAAUGGAGAACCAUUUCAAACCCCAGAAGAAUUGAGUGAAAAAGCUUAUAAAGAGACUGUAAAUUAUUAUGAUUUAAAUGACUAUAAGGGAUCUGCAGAUGGAUUAUCGCAAGGAGAUGUUGUUUUAUUUCUCAUGCCAUUAAGAAAUGCCGAACAUGUUUUACCAAUGGCAUUCCAUAACUUAAUGAAUUUAACUUAUGAUCAUGGAUUAAUUGAUAUUGCAUUUUUAGUUUCUGAUUGUUCACCAAAUGAUCAAACUUUACAAACAGUUUUUGAAUAUUCAGUUGCUUUACAAAAUGGUACUUUAGUUGAUAAACUUCAUGAAGAAGAAAGAGCUAAAACUCAAGGUGCAGUUAAAGGUUCUUCUGAUUUAUAUCAAUUAUAUAUGGAUAAAGAUUAUAUUAAUAAUGUUAAAAAACUGUACCAUCAAGCAGAAUUCUAUCAUAAAGAUUAUAAAAAACCUUUUAGAUCAGUUUCCAUUUUUCAAAAAGAUUUUGGUCAAGUUAUUGGUCAAGGUUUCAGUGAUCGUCACGCAGUUAAAGUACAAGGUAUUCGUCGUAAAUUGAUGGGUCGUGCUAGAAAUUGGUUAACUUCAAACGCUUUACAACCUUAUCAUUCUUGGGUUUAUUGGAGAGAUGUUGAUAUUGAAACUUGUCCUGGAUCAGUUAUUCAAGAUUUGAUGAAACAUAAUUAUGAUGUCAUGGUUCCAAAUGUUUGGCGUCCUUUACCAACUUUCUUAGGUAAUGAACAACCUUAUGAUUUAAAUUCUUGGAUUGAAUCAGAACCAGCCUUAGAUUUGGCUAAAACUUUAGAAGAAGAUGACGUGAUUGUCGAAGGUUAUGCAGAAUAUCCUACUUGGAGAGUUCAUUUAGCUUAUAUUCGUGAUGCUAAUGGUAAUCCUGAUGAAGUUUUAGAUUUAGAUGGGGUUGGUGGAGUUUCAAUUUUAGCGAGAGCUCAAAUUUUCCGACAAGGGGUUCAUUUCCCUGCCUUCACGUUCUUAAAUCAUGCAGAAACUGAAGCUUUUGGUAAAAUGGCUAAAGAAAUGGGAUUCAGUGUUGGUGGUUUACCGCAUUAUACCAUCUGGCAUAUUUAUGAACCAAGUGAAGAUGAUCUAAAUCAAAUUGCAAAAUUAGAACGUAAAAAGAGAAGACAAAAAAACAAAGGUAAUUAA